UAACACACCUUUAAAUUUUUACUAUUUAAGACUAAGUAAUUACUCAGAUAACAAUAAUUUCAAGAACACAUCGUAAACAAUUAUUGUUUACACGUUUCCGUUUUCGUAACGCUGUCGUGAAAGUUUUGCAACGAUGAACCAAUUUUUCGAAUCGGUAAAUUCCUUCUUCUCCGGUGGAGAUCAGCUCCCAUGGUGCUCUCGCGACAUCAUUGCGGGUUGUGAGAAGGAAGUUGCCGAGGCUGCAAAUGGCGCCUCUGAUGAGGCGAAGGGUGAGAGCAUCAUGCGCUUAUCUUGGGCCUUGGUUCACUCUAGGCAACCAGAAGAUGUGAAUCGUGGAAUAGCUAUGCUUGAAGCUUCAAUAGUCAGUACCAACAGCCCAUUGCAAAAGAGAGAGAAAAUAUAUCUACUAGCUGUUGGAUACUACCGAAAUAGCGACUUUUCAAGGAGUAGGAUCCUUCUUGAACAAUGUUUGGAGAUUGCUCCAGAUUGGAGGCAAGCUUUGACACUCAAAAAGGCAAUAGAAGAUCGCGUUACUAAAGAUGGUGUGAUUGGAAUUGGCAUUAGUGCUACUGCUGUUGGACUUAUAGCUGGCGGGUUUGCUGCAGCAUUAAUGCGGAGGCAUUAACCAACGAUAAUAAUAACAUUGCAUGUUUUAAGGAUCUAUGGUGCCAUCUUUUGUAGUUUGCUGGUAACAUUCUUCUAUGAACCAGUUAUGCAGCCCUUUAGUUUUAACAACAUGGAGAUCUUUGGUGCAGAUGAUACGAAUGGAUGCAUGGAAGAUCAUGAUUAAAAACAGCAGUUAGUUGGUUAAGGUUAUUGUCUUAUAUUUGCUUUUAUUCUACAUACUUUUCAUUUUUAUUCAUAUAGUCGUUUAACAUGAUAUGUUUAGAAAAAAUA